CAGUCUUGCCCAGCCCCUUUCGCACCCGCAACCCUGCAACUAAUAAAAACCAUCGGCUAGCGAUGGCCGGAGCCCGCGUGCUGCUCAUCGUCCUCGCGGCUGCCGUCGCGCUCCUGGCCGCACGCCCGGUGGCGGCCACCGGGGGAGUUGCCGGUGUGGAAGAAGUCUGCAGGAGCACACCUUUCCCGGAUCUGUGCACCAGGACGGCGGGGAAGCACGCCGAGAAGUACAAGGUCGUGGACGCGGUGACGGUGCUGGAGAUGCAGGUGGACGCGUUCAAGAAGCGCGUCAAGGCGGCGCGGAGGGUCGCGAAGCAGGAGGUGAAGACGGCGGCGCCGACGCCCUUGGUGCGGAGGGCGCUGAACCUCUGCAAGAGCUACUACCUGGACGCCGGGGACAACCUCGGCGCCUGCAAGCGCGCCAUCGGCUUCAGGGACGCCGUCACCAUCCGCGCCACCAUGAGCAUGGUGGCACAGGACAUGCAGAAUUGCGACGAGGAGUUCAGGAAGGCCGGCUCCACCAACCCCAUGGAGGACCACAACAGGUCGCUCAUCGAGAUGUCCGAGAUCUGCCGCACGCUCUCCAACAUGGUCCCUUACGAACAUACCCAUUGAUUUUUUUUUUCCACCCACAAUGUUCAGUAACGUCGUCGUCGUCGUCGUCGUCGUCUAAGUGCGGCCUAACAUGCAAUUUGAUGGCCGCGUGCGUGUGUGUGUGUCAGUCGAUGAUAGAGCUGGACGCAUGCCACAGUUCAUGCGGAGCUAGCGCGUCCUCCUUUUUUCUGUGUUGCCUCAUGCGGCUCGUUGAGAGGCACGCGUGUAGGGCAGCCUAUAUGUAAUCCUAUUAUAACCUGCUAAUUUGUGCUUCUUGUAUAGCCAGUCUCAUCAUACAACUAAAAAUGUUGCUCAGUUCUUGGCAGCACAAUACAGAGUAAAACUGGUCUUCUUCCUCGUUUUCGCCUUAGUUGAGUGGCUGUUUUUACAAAGAUUUGUAACAUAAAGGUACAUAUAUGAUGAAAAUUUGACUUCUA